AUGAGUUUUUAUACUAUAACUGCGCCGACACCGACGACAGGCACAACAAUAUCAACAACAACGAUAACAACGACGACGACGGCAGCAGCGGUAGCGGUAACAGCGACGACGACGGCUACGUCGACAACAACAACGGCGCCGGCGGUUGCCGUGUCGCCCGAAGCUGCACCUGGUUGGAUAGAAUUCUGUGAGAGACACGCCCGCGCUUCGGCUUCUGAUUUUGCUAAGGCUUUUUGUACCUAUGUCAGUUUAAACUUACCCGAAAGCGCCAGAUCGAAUCUCUCUCACCGUGAUUUUUUAAGGAAAUUCGUCGAGAGCUUCUGUGAACACUUUGAAAGCGAAUACUUGCGUCGUACAGUCAGGUCUCCGUCUUUGUACAAUACAAGACAUACAGCGAUCAAUGAUAGGGAUAUUAAUGUUGUAAGUCAAAACAAUAGUGCUCCUAUUCGCACUUCGUCCCAUGAAGAAUUUAGUGAUUAUUCUGAACACGAUGGGGAUGCGAUAUCACCAAAACCUGCGCAUAAACCUUUUUUUCGUCGCUUGUCUUUUAAAGGGCUUAAGAAAGGUAAAAGUUUUUUUCAUAAGCAACAAAGCGACGAAGUGGAACUAUCCCAUAGCGAACAUCGUAGGGACAAACACUCAAAAACUAAACUCUCGAAGAUUGUGGUAGAAUGUAGAAAAGAAGGCAUCGUUAAUUCCUUAAUGGGAGAAAAUAUUGAUGGUACUCAGAAAUGGGAAAAAUCUAGACUUGCCUUAAUAAAAGCAAUUGGCGGAUAUAUGUUAGAAUUUUACUCCCCUCCGAAAGCAGUAAAACCACGUAGCGGUGUGUUUUGUUCUGCGAUAAUAGAAGCUAGAGAAACGACCGCAUUGGAAAUGCCAGAUCAUGAAAAUACAUUUGUGUUAAAAACACAGAAUAUGGAAUUUGUAAUAGAAGCUCAUGAUUCAAAUGACAUGAGGUCAUGGUUAGCAACUAUUAAAUAUUGUAUGCGCACAGUUCAACAAAAUGCAAUGAAUCCAAGUUCUGGAACAGACGCUACUGGAGACUCUUUAGGACAUGGUUUGUUAGCUGUUGGUAAUGAAGGGGAUAGAUUGAGAGCUAAUUCUGCAAGUAAAAGUUCUCGAUCUGCAACGCAUGAACAUGGAGACGAGACACCAAGCAAUCCGCCAGAAAUACCUCCAAGACUUCGUACAAGAAGUAAUAGCAAUUUGGAAUUGUGUUCAUCGCAACAAGAUAUUGAACAGAUGGCUACAAAUGACGGUGAAAUGGAUUUGUCGAGCAGCUUAAGAGAGUAUCCAUGGUUUCACGGAACUCUUCCUAGGUCGGAUGCGGCACAACUUGUUUUGCAUAGCGCUGCUAAUGGUCAUGGUGUCUUUCUUGUUCGCCAAAGUGAAACAAGAAAAGGAGAAUUUGUACUAACUUUUAAUUUUCAAGGCAGGGCAAAGCAUUUACGUAUGACAUUAAACGACCAAGGUCAUUGUCGAGUUCAGCAUCUUUGCUUUCCUGCCAUAUAUGAUAUGCUCGAACACUUCCGUCAAAAUGCCAUACCUCUUGAAUCUGGUGGAACUGCAGAUGUAACUUUGACAGAGUUUGUUGUGGCAAAUCAUACUACACGAUCAAGCCAUCAUAAUGUAACUGGAACAAACCAACAACAAUUACAAGAAAGAAGACCUCCAGCAGCCCCGGAGCCCAGAGAAGUGCGUACAUAUGGAGGUUCUAUAAGAACACGUAUAGAAUCACUGGAAAGACUGGAACAACAAAACAACAUUGUGGAACAACAAAGUUCAUCAUCAUCUAGUGGUAGAGCCAUUCAAAAUACUUACAGUUUUUUUUGACAAUGGAUUCACAAUACUCUACCAUCAAGCUAUAGCCCAGUUAGACUUCUAGAUUAAGUACUUUCUCCAUUAACUCACUAAAAGGCAGAGCCUUUAAGCUGGGCUUAUAACUACAUAUUAUCC